AUGGAUCUUGGUUCCAAAGACUUAAUCAGCAAUCUACCAGACGCCCUCGUCUGCCACAUUUUGUCAUUCCUCACCACAAAGGAUGCUGCUUUGACUUCAGUCCUCGCGCAAAGAUGGAGAAAUCUUCUGGCUUUCGUACCGAAUCUGGAUUUGGACAACUCCAUCUACGACCUUCCUAAAAUGGGUAGACGAAGAAGGAUACAUUUGCGUCAAAGCUUCAAGCUUUUUAUGGACAGAGUACUCGCUUUGCAAGGGAAUGCUCCGUUGAACAAAUUCUCCCUCAAGUGCAAGAUCGGUUCUGAUCCAUCUCGUGUCAAUGGUUGGAUUCUCAAGGUGUUGGAGCGUGGUCUCGUAGAGCUUGAUCUGUACAUCAUCUCGGAGUAUAAGUAUCCGUUGCCUCCGGAGGUGUUGAUGAGCAAGACAUUGGUUAGGCUGAAAGUAGCAGGCACAGAUGAGUUCACCAUUGAUGUGGGAGAAGUUUCCCUUCCAAAGCUUAAGACUUUGCAUAUGGACGAUGUCACGUUCGGCGACGAGAGUGGUGCUGCAUUUGCCAAGCUCGUUUCUGGUUGUCAUGCGCUCGAGGAGUUGGUUAUGGUUAAACUGCUGUGGGAUCAUUGGGAUUCUUGCUCUGUCUCCAGCUCGACCCUCAAGAGAGUAACAGUUUGUUCUGAGAAGAUAUCAGCCGAGGAGAAUCCAAAGAGUGUAUCUUUCGAUACACCAAAACUAGCCUACUUGGAGUACACUGACACUGUUGCGGUCCAGUAUCCAAAAGCCAACUUUGAAUCUCUUGUGGAAGCUAGUAUAGGCAUUCGAAUGACACCUGAUCAAGUCUUUGACGCAAGAGAUUUAGUAAAUCGUCAUUAUGGCUAUGACUUAAACAUGGUUGGAGAUGCAUCAGAUUUUCUCAUGGGAAUAAGCAAUGUGAAGACUCUUUAUUUAUCGUCUGAGGCUCUUGAGGUCCUUAUAUUCUGCUGUAAAGCAAUACCAGUCUUCAACAACUUGACUCACUUAACAAUUGAGACUGACCAAGAUGUGGAUUGGGAGUCAAUGCCGAAUCUACUCAAGAGCUGUCCAGUUCUAGAAACCCUUGUCUUCGAAGGACUCCAUUACGGAGAUACAAAUCAAUGUUUUGACGACGAGUACCGUUUCAAAGAGACAAACAAAUGUUAUGAGAAAGGUGCGGACAGGUGUGUGUGCAAACCUUGGCACGGCACUCCUAGUUGGCUAUCGUCAAUGCCAGUGAAGAUCCUGAAGGUAUUGAAGUUUGGAGAAAUCACUAAUUACAAAGAUGAUAUGGAUAAGCAGACGGAUCUGAUCAGGCACUUCUUGGAGACAAUGCCGAACCUGGAACAGGUGGUACUUUACUAUGAUACUCCGAUUGACGGUGAUCUGAGUAUUGUAUCAACCGAAUUUCAGAUGCUUGAGAAAGUUGCGUCAACCAAAUGCAAGAUCCAAGUCAUCUCUGAUGAUAUCAGUUUCUCAUCAACUGUGCGCUCUUCCUCGUCGUCAUAUGGACUCGCUUUCAUUAAAAACACUUUCCCGGUUUGA